AUGCAUGUCAAAAUCGUCGAGUUUCGCGUCGUCGCAGAGCCGCGCUCCCCCCCCGAGGCCCGAGCCGCAGCUCCGAUCUCGCCGCCGGCCGUGGCUUCUUCCCGCGCGGUGCGCGGAGAGUCGCUCUGCGCGCGCGCCGAGGAGGCAGCAGGCGAAGCAGCCGCAAGGAGCGUCUCUGUCUCCCGCGAGGAGGAAAACAGGCGAUGGAGAUUGUUCCUCGCGGUGUACGUCCGGAACUCGGCGGUGGCUGCGCGAUGCAGCGACGAUACCGCCGACGCGAGCGAGGCGAAGCUGAAGGAGGCCGCAGGCCCUGCGCCGCCCCGAGGUGGAGGAGGCGCCGAAGGCCCUGCAGCCCCCUCGGACGCGGUCGCGGCGGGAGACCCGCCCACGCCGAGUGCAGUCUCCGCGAGCGGUCGAUUCGGCGAGUCCAUGGGGCGGGGUGGAGCCCGAAGCGACCCAAAGGAGCCGGCGCACGCGGGCGAAUGGGCACGAGGGUCAACAGAAGAGGAGGUUGAAGAGGGAGCGGACGAGGUCGGAGACGCACGCCCAAAACGAGCCCGGGAGACAGAGGACGACGCGGCGGGUCGGAAGAGUGAAGCGAGGAAAGUGGGGAAUUUCGCGGAAACGCGGCGGAAGGGGAAGUUUCUCUCGAAGAAGAGGCGCGUAGGCGCCAGUUUACGAGUCGCGCGCAUACAGGCGAUCCCCCUCUCCCGCGGACGCGAAAGUAGCGAGGAGACUUCGUGCCUACACCGACUCCCACGCUCAGUCACCUGA